AUGGGGCAGGACACAAGCGGUGUGUGCGACAACAUUCCAAACCGCGCCACAACCCCAUCACCUUCCUAUGUAGGCUCCCGUGUGUGCCCACGGGAUGAUGAUGAUGUUGAUGGUAAUGAUGAUAAUAAUGGUGACGAUUUUGGUGGUGGUGGUGGUGGUGGUGGUGGUGGUGGUGGUGGUGGUGGUGGUGAUGAUGAUGAUGAUGAUGAUGAUGAUGAUGAUGAUGAUGAUGAUGAUGAAAAUGAUGAUGAUGAUGAUGAUGAUGAUGAUGAUGAUGAUGAUGAUGAUGAUGGGGCACCUGUACACACCGAGCGACCAAAUAAAAAUGUCACUGUUGAUGAUGCCCUGCUGGACUUUCACACCCCGACUGCUGAUUUCUGCUUCCGAGGCAUUGUUCUGCCCUCGGACCUUCGUCUCUUGUCCGAUGUAUGGUUUUCUGCUGUGGAGAAGUCACAGCCACCAGUACAGUCGUUGGACCUCGUGCCGUCUAACGAGAUGGAAUUGGCAGCAGAAAUGAAGAUGCUUACGUUUGCCGACAAGCAACAGGGACUAAAUGGCAAGUCGUCUGUGGUUGCGUCAUGGCGUUCUCGUCAGCUCCACGUCUCGCCUCCCGUGUCCGCUCUCGCAUCUUGGGACAAUCGGUCCUUGCCCGCUUUGUCCCUUCUUAUUGGUCCAUCUUGGCAGCCAUCGGAUGCUGGUUGA